CUGCCGACUGACUCGCCUCUCCCUUACAGCACUCCCAUCCACCGUAAAGACGAGCUUUUUGCGGAAGGAGAACGCUUUUUAUAUAUACAUGCUGUAGCUGGAGAAUAGACGCAGCUGUGUUCGUUCUGUAUCUUCUCCUGUGCUUUCCUCUCGUCACUGAAUGAAAGAGGGAGGCUGUGAGAGAGAGCGAGAGAGAGGGGAGAGACGGUGCAGGUUCUGGAGUGAUCUGUCAAUGUGAUUAGGUAAACGUCGUUGAAGCGUAUUCAUUCACUUAUAUUUCUUUACAAACAGGAGAAGUGGACCUGUGUCUUCUGCACUGCAACGGUCGGUUCCAACUGAACCAUCCAGACUUUGGUGCGUUUACAGGAAAAGUGCUAACUUUCUACGUUUAAAAAAUUACUAAAAAGAUCGGAUUGCAUUUUUUCCUUCAAACAUUUUUGAGGUGAUGUCAUCGCGCUCUGUUUUGGCUGGUAUUGUGCCGGAGCUCAGGGAGGACCGCAGCCAGGCAACCAGCGGUUGAAACGGUCGGGGAAGUCCGAGAAAUCAGGUGCAGAGAGCGCCUGUCAUUUCCGUGCUGUCGCGGGUGGCUGGGUCCGCCACCCAGUCACAGCUGUUCCCAUCCUCUCCAACUCCCCCUCCUUCCAUCCCUACCUCUAUCUCCCUCCCCUCCUCCCUUUCAUUCAACUCUCUCCAUCUCCAUCUGAGCUGGACCGCUACGGGCUCUUAUCCACAUUAUUUGACACUGUUGUUCGGUGUCCCCGGGGCCAGAGACUUCGUGACCCAUCGUGGGGUCGCAGCCAUGACCGAGCCCGCCCUGCAGCACCCGGCGCCCGCAGAGGCCCCUUCUUCACGCCGCCCUCGCCUCCAGCCCGUCCAGGUACCCCGCCUCCCGCAGCGCCUGGCAUUGCCUCGCAGGGACUAGAGACCUUGGGCGUGCUCCAGCCUGCGUCCAGACAACCACUCCUCAUUUACCAUCCCUCAUUCUGCGUCUCAUCUCUUCAAAUUCGUCUCUAAUGUGGACUUCUCUCAGAAUAAAGUUAUUGACCUAGUAUAAACUUUAUUGUCGCACUAAAACACCAAUACGAACCUGGAUUACGCAUAAGAUUACCGGGAGAAAACAUCGUCACUAAAUCACAUUGGAGUGAUUUUGACUGACAUUAGUUUAAUUAUUGAUACGUAGCAGGUGAGUCGAUUGGAGUUUAGCCUCUAUGAGUCGUGAACGCGCUUUCACCUGUUCCUCUCCAGCACGGAGGUGCGCAACUGUUUGAUGACCUAACCUCCCCCCGCGCCCCGCCCCUCCCCGUUGCACCGGCCACCGUGACAGCCAAGAGAGGUAGCCCUCCAGUCACAGUGGCACGGUCACCCCCCGCCCCACACCCACGCCGCCGAUGCCAACGGGAGUGUCCGCUGACUCUUUGACCCUCCACUCCGUCCAGCGGAUUAUAAAAACACAAGUGAACUCUCCGGACUGUCGGACCGGCUCUGACCGAGCGAGGCGAUUGACUCUGGGCGAAGUUCCCUAGUGGAGGGGGGAAGCGAUGCGGUCCCUUCUCUCCACGCUGGCUGUCUUAUGCAUCCAGAUGUUGCUGGUGAUGUGCAAUCCAUUGCAGCAGGUGUUUGGCGUGGAUGGGGUUAACUUCAGCGUGCACGUGGAGAACCAGACCCGGGUGAGAGACGCUAUGAGCCGGCGGCACCACCGGGUCUACCAGCUCUACAGCCGCACCAGCGGCAAACACGUCCAGGUGCUGGGGAGACGCAUCAGUGCCCGCGGAGAGGACGGAGACAAAUAUGCCCAGCUUGUAGUGGAGGCCGACACCUUUGGUAGCCAGGUGAGAAUCCGUGGCAAAGAAACCAACUUCUACCUGUGCAUGAACCGCCGGGGCAAGCUGGUGGGAAAGAAGGCCAGUAAUAAAAGUGAAGACUGCGUGUUCGUGGAGAAGGUUCUAGAGAACCACUACACCGCAUUGAUGUCAUCACGCUACGCAGGCUGGUACGUUGGCUUCACCAAGCGGGGGCGACCUCGCCGCGGCCCCCACACGCUGCCCAACCAGCAGGACGUCCACUUCAUGAAGCGCUUCCCGCCCGGGGAGUACCCUGAAACCACUCCCUUCCGCUUCACAACGGUCAACAAGAGGAGCAAGAGGGUCCGUGCCACCGGGCCCCGCUAGCAGCUAACGCUAAUGGCUACCCUCCAUCCACUGCCCAUUGCCACCUGUACCUGCUUAUUCAGUAAUCGCUAACGGGAUAACAUUGACCCUUCCUCUGGACAAUAAUACAUGCUAAUUGGCUAACCUGAAGCUAAUCGAUAAUGGGAUAACAUUGACCCUUCCUCUGGACUUUAAUACAUGCUAAUUGGCUAACCUGAAGCUAAUCGAUAAUGGGAUAACAUUGACCCUUCCUCUGGACAUUAAUACAUGCUAAUUGGCUAACCUGAAGCUGAUCGAUAAUGGGAUAACAUUGACCCUUCCUCUGGACAUUAAUACAUGCUAAUUGGCUAACCUGAAGCUGAUCGAUAAUGGGAUAACAUUGACCCUUCCUCUGGACAUUAAUACAUGCUAAUUGGCUAACCUGAAGCUGAUCGAUAGUGGGCCAGUGAUACACCCAGACUCCUGACCCCACCUAACGCUUCCCGCUACUGGGAUAACAUGUACCCUCCUCUGGACCCUGAUUGGUAGGUUUACUAACUGUGCUAGUGCCACAGUACAUCCACUAACUUGACACUUGGCCCUGCUAAGCCGUCACUGCCCCAGGCUCCACGAUCUCUGUCCAUUGACUGAAGGCCACUCGCUUGUAGCCCUGCUAUCACAACUAGCCCAUCAACCUGGCCCACUCCCCUGCCAGGCCCAGAAACUAUGACAAGGCCCCUGAAAGCUAGCUAAACUGAUGACCAGGCUUUCCAACUUGUGUAGGCCUCGUUUCCCUCCAACCUCCAAGCUUGAACAUAAUGGUGCUAUUUGCACUGUCACUGGCCAGUUAAUCACUAGUUUAGAGCGGACAAACAAAAAAAGGGUCACUUUGCUGGUUUAUCAAGCAGCCAUGCUUUAAGGUAAACACUUUGCUGGUUUAUCAAGCAGCCAUGCUUUAAGGUAAACACUUUGCUGGUUUAUCAAGCAGCCAUGCUUUAAGGUAAACACUAUUGCUCUGCUAAACAAGAAUGAGUUCAGUGUGUUCUCGAAACUGCCGGUUUAAACUCUUUCUGAGGGCUAAAACGUAGCUAAGCUAGCUACACCGUGAUAGACCCAACCUUACUCACAGGCUUGGACCAGUUCAGCUAUCUGACGCUGUCCAGGACUCACUGGAUGAUACCCACUUAAUGGACCAAAAGACAGAGACAGGAGAGACAGACAGGUGGACAGACUGAAAGUCUAUGAGACAGUGGCGUCAUGAGAGAAACUGUGGCGCAACGGGUGGACAAACAGCGCGAGGAACACAGGAAGCCAGUGGAGUGGUGAUCAAGCCACAGUACGGGACUAGAUAGAAUGGCACUGUGGAGAAAUGGAUGGACUGCUUUUACGCACUUCUCUCUGUCUCACCCCCCUUGGGUGAGAUGAAUCUGUGAGACUUGGGGUGAAUGAAUGUGAAUGUAUGUACAGUAUGUGAGUGUAAGGGCACCAGAGACCAUUUGGGGGGGGGAGAAUCUAGAAAGGGACUAGAGGCCUAAAUUAUCCCCAAUGCAACCUCCCCUGGCAACUCACUGAAGUGACGGAAGCUUUAAGAACUGGAAUGUACAAACCGAGCUGAACCAAAAAACAAACCAAAUCUAAUGACCACCAAAGACAACUGGAGACCAGCGCCAUGACACCUCCCCAAUUCCCACUGCCAGGACAGAAUGCCCUCUUCUUAUAGGAUCAGAGGGUGAUGACGGGCGCGUGGGGGAAGGGUGCCUUCUCUUCAUAUAUGCGUCGCUAUAGAAACGACCCAGGGGAUGACGCUCCUGUGCGAUACCAUGGAUACAGAAUGCUGCUACCAGGACAUUCAGUGGAACACCAAAGUCUUAUACACAAAAUAUAAAGGGAACAAUUUAUUAAAAGUUAUAUAAAGAUGACCAAAAAAAACUAAAUAAGCAAUCUUUUUAUGAUUGUUACUAUAAUUGUUGAUAUUAUUAUUAUAAAAUGAUUUCUUUUAUUUAUUUCAGCUCUGUGUGCAGCAGUCUUUCUCAAGUCAGUAAACCUGCAAACAGAAA